AUGGAGAUCGAUUAUUGCUCUCGUCUAACAGCUGUUUUAGAUGUUGUACGAAUUCUUUUGUUACAAGGUCUUGCAUUCCGUAAUCAUGACGAGUCUUCAAGUUCUAAAAAUAAGGUGAACUUUCUGGAGAUACUCAAUUGGUAUGCAAAAAGGGUUGAGGAGGUUGGAAAUGUUAUUAAUAAAAAUGCUCCUGGGAAUAAUCAAUUAACUUCUCCAAUGAUUCAAAAACAAUUGGUGAAUACAUGUGCUGCAAAGACAACAUUAGCAAUUAUUAAUGAAAUUGGUGACAGUAAUUUCUCACUAAUGGUUGAUGAGUCUUGGGAUAAAUCAAUAAAAGAGCAAAUGGCAGUCAUUUUGAGGUUUGUAAACAAGCAAGUUUUGGAGGUGUUACAAAAUGUGUGUCAAGAUGGAUCAGUUGCAGAUCAAAAAGGUUUGGCAUCAAGUUUGAUUAGUAAAAUGGAAAACUUUGAGUUUGUCUUUGUCUUGCAUUUGAUGAUGAAAGUGUUGGGGAUCAAAAAUGAAUUAUCAAAUGUUUUACAACAGAAAGAUCAAAAUAUUGUCAAUACAAUGGCAUUAGUUGAUACUGUAAAAGAUCGUAUUCAAGAUUUAAGGGAUAAUAGAUGGGAUGAGUUAUUAGAAGAGGUUCAAAGUUUUUGUGAUAGAAUGUAUACUCCAGUGCCUAACAUAGAAGAUAAAAUACCAGUUCAGGGUCGUUCUAGGCAUGAAGGGUAG